CAAACAUUAAUUUAUUUCAUUAGUUAGUUGUUUAUACAUAUGUAAUGUAGAAGUCUAUCGAUAUUGAGGAUUACGUUAUUGACAGAUGUAUGUAUGUACAACAAACGUCGUACAAUUUGACAUACGAUGUGAUUAUUGCAAAACAUUCUCUGCAAUGAUGACUGAUCAUAUCAAUGCUUCUUUGCUGUUUACAUUGAAAAAAGAACAGAAUGUCUGUAAUGACAGCGAUAUUAAUUCGGAUAAUAUCGACGACUUUUCAUUUAUGCCGUUACCACCACUUUCCAACGAUAAUUCUGUCAUCGUCAACGAAUCCAACAAUGAGUUUUUACAUCUCACUACAAUGGCAAGUUUCUUUGCAUAUAAUUGCGUCCGUGCUGUAUAUUUGUCCUAUCUUCAUAAAUGCCUACUUAGUAAUUAUGCAACUUGUUACAAACAAAAUGAUGUACCAAGCAUUAAAGUGAAAAAGUAUGCAGACCAAAUGGAAUUACAUGCUGUCCAAUUGGCAUUGGAAACUAGUAUAUACAGACAAAAUAUGCUGAAAAUGAUUGACGAUGUAAAAUCACAUACAGUUAAAAAGAAAGCGUAUAAAAAAUUGAUAAUAUUUUUAGAAACAUCAAAAAAUAAAUCUGACAUCGCUGUACAAACAGAUGAUACGUGGAUGGAUUCGGAAAGAAUAAAUAUACAAGAUGUAUCUAUUACAUUCAACUGUGAGAAAUCAUUGCAAACAGUAUUACCCACUAUGAAUUCUAACAAUCUCUUUGAAAGUGGGAGUGUUAUGGAAAAUUUUAAUGAUGAAACUCUUCCCAUAGAUACAAAUGAAACAGAUACACAAAUGCUGCAAAAUAUUGCAAAAGACUCUAACGACGCUAGUCAUGGAUUCAAUCAUCAGAUGGAUUCUCAUGUAAUGGAUAACAUAUCUGUCAGAAAUGAAGAUGAAAAUUCGCAAGAUUCUCUAUUACAACAUAUGCAAGAUAUGUUUUGCGAAAGUGAUGAUAGUAGUGAUCUUACGAGAUUAAUUGAGAAACAUUCUGGUGUUACUAAAGCAAAUAUCGAUAAAGAAAUUAACGAGAUAUGUUCAGAAGCGGAUAUUAUUGUAGACACAAAUCUUUUUAAUGUUCCAAUAAGUAAUAAUGUAUCGAGGCCUAAUACAGCAAAAGUAAAUACAAGCGAGGGAAGAAUCAGUUUCAGUCGUUAUAAAGAAAUGCAAAGUAAAAAAACCAUUAAAUCAAAAGGAAUUAAUAUAAAUGAAAUUAUUGAAAGCAAACAAAAACAAAAGAUAAAUGCUAUUUGGUUCGUGGAACGUGUACAUCAAGUUUCAAAAUUAAAAGCUAAAAUGACUGAAUUAUCACUGACAAAUUAUCGAAGGCAUGGAAGAGUAAGAGAAAAGUUUCUUCAUUUGUUUGGGGAAUUUGAGGAAGAAGAAAUGAUGCCAGAUUCACCAGUAUGUAUAGAAGAACAUUUACCAGCUUGCAAAGAAAGAAUAGCUCCUUGGAUUGUGAAAUACUUAAUGCCAUUCUACAAAAAAAGAAAAAUUAAAGAUCGUCAUCUUUUUAAAGCUAUUGCAAAGUACAUCACAGAUAAGCUCAUUAUAGAGAAUACUUUUCCAGAACAAGAGUGUGUACGUAAGUAUAUAGAAGGUUACUUCAAGAACAAGAGAUCCAUUAAGACUGAGCAGGAUAUAUAUCUAUAAGAAAUUGAUAGUGUUAUUCAUUAAAAUAUAAUACAAAUCAAUGAAAUAUAGAAA